UUUUGUGCUUGGCUUGGCUAUGGCGUGCUCGUGCCGGAUCGCUUCGCUUUCUUCUUCCUCUUCGUCUUCCUCUUUUUCAUGUUUGGGCCCUUCGGCGCCAUCACAUUCUUCGCCAUUGCUGCGCGGAGGAUUCGCGCAACGGCUAGGACGUGGAUUAGGGUUUAAGCUGGAGCUCACAAGGAAGAAUUCGAGGCAUUGGAAUGGCGCUACCGUGUGCAUGGUUCUUCCUACAGGCAAGCCCGACGCUACAUUGGAGAAGGAUAAACAAGCAAAAUGGAGCGCGCGAGCGAUCAAGGCUUUCAGCAUGGCGGAGCUCGAGGCACGAAAGAUGAAAUACGCCACCACUGGAACGGAGUCUCUGCUCAUGGGAAUUCUCACCGAAGGGACGAGCAAAGCUUCUCUUUACUUGCGAGCAAACGGUGUGACGCUGUUCAAGGUGAGGAGCGAGGCUGUCAAUGUUCUCGGCAAGGCAGACAUGUAUUUCUUUAGUCCCGAGCACCCACCACUUACGGAGCCCGCACAAAAGGCACUCGACUGGGCAGUGGAUGAACACCAAAAGCUGGGAGCAAAUGGAGAGAUCUCAACAACGCUGCUGCUGCUGGGCAUUUGGGAGCAGAAGAACUCGGCCGGGCAAAAGAUCCUCGCUGCUCUGGGAUUCGACGAUAAGAAAGCGCAAGAGAUCCUAGCAGCGGAAAGAGAAGAUUUGGGAAUCCCGGCCACUUGAGAGAGCAAAGGCAAACUUUUUGUGCCAUGAAGAACAGAGAAAUCCGCCACCUUGUCCCUGUAGGAAAAAUUGGAAAGCCAAAUGGGGGGAAAAUCCCUAAUUUUGUGGUCA